CCCCGCCCCGGCCCGCUCCGCACGCUCCGCUCUGGGACGCCGACGGCGGCGGGCGCUUCCGCCUCGCGGGCCUCGGCCCGGUGCGAGCGGCUCCGCGAUGUGGCUGAGCCCGGAGGAGGUGCUGGUGGCCAAUGCGCUGUGGGUGACGGAGCGGGCCAACCCCUUCUUCGUGCUGCAGCGACGCCGGGGCCACGGCAAGGGCGGCGGCCUUACGGGUCUUCUCGUGGGCACCCUGGACGUGGUGCUGGACUCCAGUGCCCGCGUGGCCCCUUACCGCAUCCUGCACCAGACCCAGGACUCCCAGGUCUACUGGACAGUGGCGUGUGGUUCUUCCCGCAAAGAGAUCACAAAACACUGGGAAUGGCUGGAAAAUAACUUGCUCCAGACACUGUCCAUCUUCGACAGUGAGGAAGAUAUCACCACCUUCGUCAAGGGCAAGAUACACGGGAUCAUCGCAGAAGAGAACAAGAACCUGCAGCCCCAGGGAGAUGAGGACCCUGGGAAGUUCAAGGAGGCUGAGCUGAAGAUGCGGAAGCAGUUUGGGAUGCCUGAGGGCGAGAAGCUGGUGAAUUACUACUCCUGCAGCUACUGGAAGGGCCGCGUGCCCCGGCAGGGCUGGCUGUACCUGACGGUCAACCACCUGUGCUUCUACUCCUUCCUGCUGGGGAAGGAAGUGAGCCUCGUGGUGCAGUGGGUGGACAUAACGCGUCUGGAGAAGAAUGCCACCCUGCUCUUCCCUGAGAGCAUCCGUGUGGACACCCGCGACCAGGAGCUCUUCUUCUCCAUGUUCCUCAACAUCGGCGAGACCUUCAAGCUCAUGGAGCAGUUGGCCAACCUGGCCAUGCGGCAGCUGCUGGACAGCGAGGGCUUCCUGGAGGACAAGGCCCUGCCCAGGCCCAUCCGGCCACACAGGAACAUCUCAGCCCUGAAGCGAGACCUGGACGCCCGAGCCAAGAAUGAGUGCUACCGAGCCACAUUCCGGCUGCCCAGGGAUGAGCGGCUAGAUGGCCACACAAGCUGCACCCUGUGGACGCCGUUCAACAAGCUGCACAUCCCCGGCCAGAUGUUCAUCUCCAACAACUACAUCUGCUUCGCCAGCAAGGAGGAGGACGCUUGCCACCUCAUCAUACCCCUGAGGGAGGUGACCAUUGUCGAAAAAGCUGACAGCUCCAGCGUGCUGCCCAGCCCCCUGUCCAUCAGCACCAAAAGCAAAAUGACAUUCCUGUUUGCCAACCUGAAAGACCGUGAUUUCUUGGUUCAGAGGAUCUCUGACUUUCUCCAGAAAACACCAUCCAAGCAGCCAGGCAGUAUCGGGAGCAGGAAAGCCAGUGUUGUGGACCCUAGCACAGAGUCUUCCCCAGCUCCUCAGGAGGUGUCGGAGCAGCCCGCCAGCCCAGCUUCUCCCCUCAGCAGCCGCCAGAGCUUCUGUGUGCAGGAGGUGCCAACCGCAUCCCAGGGCCUGCUCAAGCUCUUCCAGAAAAACUCGCCCAUGGAGGACCUUGGAGCCAAGGGGGCCAAGGAGAAGAUGAAAGAGGAAUCAUGGCACAUCCAUUUCUUCGAGUAUGGGCGUGGCGUGUGCAUGUACCGCACAGCCAAGACACGGGCACUGGUCCUGAAGGGCAUCCCUGAGAGCCUCCGGGGAGAGCUGUGGCUCCUCUUCUCCGGGGCCUGGAAUGAGAUGGUGACUCACCCCGGGUACUAUGCUGAGCUGGUGGAGAAGUCCACUGGGAAGUACAGCCUGGCCACAGAGGAGAUUGAGCGAGACCUGCACCGCUCCAUGCCCGAGCACCCUGCCUUCCAGAACGAGCUCGGGAUUGCUGCCCUCCGGCGGGUGCUGACUGCCUAUGCCUUCCGAAACCCCACCAUCGGCUACUGCCAGGCAAUGAACAUCGUGACCUCGGUGCUCCUGCUCUACGGCAGUGAGGAGGAGGCCUUCUGGCUCCUGGUGGCCCUGUGCGAGCGCAUGCUGCCCGACUACUACAACACCAGGGUGGUGGGAGCCCUGGUGGACCAAGGCAUCUUCGAAGAGCUCACGAGAGACUUCCUGCCACAGCUCUCGGAGAAGAUGCAGGACCUGGGGGUGAUCUCCAGCAUCUCGCUGUCCUGGUUCCUGACCCUCUUCCUCAGCGUCAUGCCCUUCGAGAGUGCCGUGGUCAUCGUCGACUGCUUUUUCUACGAGGGCAUCAAGGUGAUCCUGCAGGUGGCCCUGGCCGUCCUGGACGCCAACAUGGAGCAGCUGCUGGGCUGCAGCGACGAGGGCGAGGCCAUGACCAUGCUGGGCAGAUACCUGGAUAAUGUGGUCAAUAAGCAGAGUGUCUCUCCUCCUAUCCCACACCUCCAUGCCUUGCUGACCAGCGGCGAUGACCCCCCUGCAGAGAUGGACAUCUUUGAGCUCCUGAAAGUGUCCUAUGAGAAAUUCAGCAGCCUGAGGGCCGAAGACAUUGAGCAGAUGCGGUUUAAACAGAGGCUGAAAGUGAUCCAGUCCUUGGAGGACACGGCCAAGAGGAGUGUGGUCCGAGCUAUACCUGUGGACAUUGGUUUCUCCAUUGAAGAGCUGGAGGACCUUUACAUGGUGUUUAAGGCCAAGCACCUGGCUAGCCAGUACUGGGGGUGCAGCCGCACAAUGGCCGGCCGUCGGGACCCCAGCCUGCCCUACCUGGAGCAGUACCGGAUUGAUGCCAGCCAGUUCCGGGAACUCUUUGCCAGCCUGACACCCUGGGCCUGCGGCUCCCACACGCCUGUGCUGGCAGGGCGCAUGUUCAGGCUCCUGGACAAAAACAAGGACUCGCUGAUCAACUUCAAGGAGUUCGUGACGGGGAUGAGCGGGAUGUACCACGGGGACCUGACAGAGAAGCUCAAGGUGCUCUACAAGCUACACCUUCCCCCAGCUCUGAGCCCAGAGGAAGCCGAGUCAGCCCUGGAGGCGGCCCAUUAUUUCACAGAGGACAGCUCCUCAGAAGCAUCUCCUCUGGCCUCAGAUCUGGAUCUUUUCCUGCCCUGGGAGGCUCAAGAAGCACUACCACAGGAAGAGCAAGAAGGAAGUGGAAGUGAGGAGAGAGGAGAGGGGAAGGGGACCAGCUCUCCGGACUAUCGGCACUACCUGCGAAUGUGGGCCAAGGAGAAAGAGGCUCAGAAGGAGACGAUUAAGGAUCUUCCCAAGAUGAACCAGGAGCAGUUCAUUGAGCUGUGCAAGACGCUUUACAACAUGUUCAGUGAAGACCCCAUGGAGCAGGACCUGUACCACGCCAUCGCCACCGUGGCCAGCCUCCUGCUCCGCAUCGGAGAGGUGGGGAAGAAGUUCUCGGCCCGCACAGGCAGGAAGCCCAGGGACUGUGCCACUGAGGAGGACGAGCCGCCAGCACCCGAACCGCAUCAGGAUGCAGCCAGGGAGCUUCAGCCCCCAGCUGCAGGAGACCCCCAAGCCAAAGCAGGCGGAGACACACACCUCGGGAAAGCCCCACAGGAGACCCAGGUGGUGGUGGAGGGAGGCAGUGGCGAGGGACAGGGCUCACCCUCCCAGCUGCUGUCUGACGAUGAAACCAAAGACGACAUGUCCAUGUCCUCAUACUCGGUGGUCAGCACGGGCUCCCUGCAGUGUGAAGACCUUGCAGACGACACGGUGCUGGUGGGCGGGGAGGCCUGCAGCCCCACAGCCCGCAUCGGCGGCACCGUCGACACCGACUGGUGCAUCUCCUUCGAGCAGAUCCUGGCCUCCAUCCUGACGGAGUCCGUGCUGGUGAACUUCUUUGAGAAGAGAAUGGACGUUGGACUCAAGAUCAAGGACCAAAAGAAAGUGGAGAGACAGUUCAGCACCGCCAGUGACCAUGAGCAGCCUGGAGUUUCCGGCUGAUGCCUGCAGCUGUGAGGCCUGACCCGAGGUGUCAUCAGUGGGGCUGGCCUCAUCUCCUCCUGCCUUUUCUCCCUUAUCAGUUUCUCUUUAAAGGUGUGCCCCUCCUGCUCUCCCAGGAGCAGUGAGUUGUGAAUGGAAAGAAGGCUGGUGCAGACCCAGCUGCCUUAGACAGAUUCCCUGGGCCUGCAUCUCCUGGCGCCGGCUGCUUCUGGGCCCAGGAAGAGGCUGUGGCUCCCACCUUCCUUAUACCCGGUGGGAGCCCGCCUAGCACCAGCUGCACCUGCCUAGCGUUAGAGGCUCUCAGAUCUGCCCUUGCUUGCCUCAUACCUCUGUGCCCCGCACUGUGGCCAGGCCAGCUGAGUCCCUCCAUCCGUGGAUGCUUUCCUGCAGCUAUGUGGUACAGGGGUCAUUCCUGCCUCUUGGUACCAGGCUGGGGGGCAUGUGCUUGUUGGGCACCAAAGUGAUGGAACCCUCAGGUGCUCUCCGGGAGCCUGAACCUCCUGACUGAGGAACAUGGGCAGAACAUGUUUAUUGCACAGGGUGGGUGCUGCGCACAGGUGUGGCCGUACACAUGCUCUCAGCUCAUCAUCCUUUCCAGUAACUUUAAAAGCACAUCCCUCAGGUCCUGAUAUAUGUCCUUGGAUUCAUUUCACUUGGCUAGAAAUUACACUGUGCUCAAUGCCUUAAUAAAUCCCUGAAAGAAAUAAAACCCACUGUGUGCAAUGCCUUGCUGUGGCCCCCAACCACUGCUUAGGCCUCCCAACUUCUCCCCAGGCCAAGUACGGGGCCCUGGCUGUGUUCUGGAAGUUCAAGACACUUAGUCCUCCACAGUGGGUGGAAGAGUGCAAGGCCUGCCAGGUCAGAUGGAGAAGCAGAACCUGCUGGUGCAGGCUGGGCAGGUCCUGACCAACCUGCAUCAGGGGAUGCCCUGAGCUCCACAGGUCUUCAUGGGCAGGGGUUGUGGGUCCUGGUGAAGGAAGUGUAUCCUCAGGCCUGGGCUGUAGCAAGCUGUCUGCCCUUGGGUUCAAGACCCAGACUGUGGAGCCAAAGGUGACCGCAGGGGGCCCCAGGACUGAGCCACAAGGAUACCCUCACUUUGCAUGAGGACCUGAAACUGACCAGUGUCCAGUGUUAGCCCCCACAUGGGGCUGCUCUUGCUUCUACUAAAAGAUACAGCAGUUACCCCCUUAUCCACAGGGGAUACAGUGGAUAUCUAAAACCAGACCCCCAGUGGAUGUCUAAAACCGCAGAUAAUAACAAACCUUAUACAUACUGUUUUUUCCUAUACAUACAUACCUGUGAUUAAGUUUAUGAAUUAAGCACCUUAAGAGAUUGACAACAAUAACUAAUAAUAAAAUGUAACGGUUAUACUGUAA